AUGAGUGAAUACAGAAAACCAUUAGGAAUUAACAGUGAAAUCAAGUUUGAUAUCACAUCAAAACCCAAUGAUGAUGAAGAAUAUGAUGAGUCACCGAACAAUGGUGGUAUGACAAAGAGGCUGGAUGAACCAACUUGGCUAGAGAGACGUCUUGGUGAUAUUCGAUUUUUUGUUGCCUGCCUGAUGGUCGUCAUUGGUCUCAAUGGAUUUAUUGCUGGAUACAAGAUAGGUAUAUUGACUACAAUUGAAAAGCGAUAUAAUCUAAAUAGUGCCCAGCUUGGUACCAUUAGCAGUAUGUACCAAGUGGGCCCACCUGUCACUAUGUUGUUCUGUGGUUAUAUCUGUGGGCGACCCAACGCUCAUCGACCAAGAUGGAUUUCAAUUGGAACCUUGGUAGUUGCGGCAGGAUUAUUUAUAUCUAUACUGCCACAUUUAACCCUCGGUCCGUAUGAAUACAUGCACGAAACAGUGACUGAAAAAAUAAUAAAUAUACAUCUAUGUUCCAACAGUGGAGAAGAUUUAGCCAAUGAAACAACAAGUUCAACAUCAGAAGAUACAGUUAAUGUUCAACAAAGUUAUGUAGCAUAUUUAUAUUUUGUAUUUGGUGCAUUGAUGACGGGGGCUGGAUAUAGUCCUACAAUACUUGGAAACUCAUUUAUAGAUGAUUUUGCAAAGCACACUACAUCGGCCUUAUAUCUCGGACUUGUCAAUAUGAUGUGGGGAUUUGGGGCUAUCAUUGGUUUGAUGGCUGCCGGGGCCAGUACAUAUGUGUACAUUGAUAUUAACAGGAAUAAUAUGGAUACUGCCGACUUGAAACCAAUGACACCGUCAUGGCUUGGUGCUUGGUGGCUGGGAAUUGUCGUUGUUAUUCCAUUCAUGGUCCUCGUGGCAUUUCCGUUAUUCAUGAUACCGAAACAUUUGACCAGAAAUUGUGAAGUCCGUCGGUAUCAAAUUACCAACAAGAAUAACAAGAAAGAGAGACGAGAAAAGAAAUCAAUUCCAUCAGUACAGGCAUUCAUGACGACGUUAAAGGAUGUUUUGCAACCUUUGUACAAUCUGAUGGUGAAUCCACAGUUUAUGUUGGUUACAGUGGUAUUUGCAAUUGACUUAGGUAUAGGCGUCGGCUUGGCGGCUUUUACACCUAAAUUCAUCCAAGAAGAAUUCUACAUGACACCAUUGGUUGCAAAUCUGACUACAGGAAUAGGAUUCGGGAUACCAUACGGCAUUGGAGCAUGUUUAGGUGGUUAUAUUAUUAAAUGGUUCAAAAUAAUAAAAGAAGAUGCGUUGACAAAGUUUAUGAUGAUUGCAAUAGGUGUAUCCGGCAUAUUAAGUUUGUCAUUUUUGUUUGGUUGCAGUGCUGUAACAAACAACAAAGGGUAUGCUUAUCGAAUUGAUAUUAAAAUAGACGAUCAAAGCUGGACUUUGGCCUGCAUAGCGAGUUGCCAUUGUCAAUCUGACCUGUAUCAGCCUGUGUGUGGUUCUGAUGAUGUGACUUAUAAAUCGCCUUGUCAUGCGGGUUGUACACAAUAUGACAAUAUGGUAAGAAGAAUUAUUGUUUAA